CUACGAUCUGUGACCUUGAGCCCAUUGCUGGGUCUGGCGGAGCACAAGUCGGGCAACACGGCGGAGAUGGCAGCAGGGACUUGGAGCACAACCGGCUCCCGGUUCCAUUGCAGACAGAAGCUUUGAACCUUGAACUCACCCUCACUCCUGCCAGCUCCACCCUCCGCGACCUUCGUCCCAGCACAGCCGAGGGCAGUCGUUAGCCCCUUGCCGCUCAGUGGGUCACAGAGCAGGACAGCCGGACAGGACAGAUAUCUGCGCCGUGUGAGGACCUCGAGUGCAGCCAGAAGCCACUGCAAGGAUGUGGCUGUACCUGGUGGCCCUGCUGGUGCUGUACAUCCUGCGCCGAUGGUACCGGGAGCGGCAGACGGUCAGUAACCUCCCGGACAAACACGUCUUCAUCACGGGCUGCGACUCCGGCUUCGGGCACCUGCUGGCCAAGCAGCUGGACGGGCGGGGGCUGCGGGUGCUGGCGGCGUGUCUGACGGAGCAGGGGGCCGAGCGGCUGCAGCAGGAGACAUCGGGGAGGCUGCAGACGGUGAUCCUGGACGUGACCAAAUCUGACAGCAUUGCCGCAACUGCUGCUUGGGUGAAGGGGCAGGUGGGGGACCGAGGGAAACCUUCUGUUGACUCCUCCCAAAGCACCAUUAGAGCAGGAGCGUUUGCUGGACCCCAUAGAGAGUGCGAAGGGCUCUGGGGCCUGGUGAACAACGCCGGCAUUGGGGGCCCUGCAGGCCCCAACGAAUUUCUGAGCAAGGCCGACUUCGUCAGGGUGCUGGACGUGAACCUGGUGGGGCUGAUCGAGGUGACGCUGAGCCUGCUGCCCCUGGUGCGCAGAGCCCAGGGCCGCGUCGUCAAUGUGGCCAGUGUGAUGGGCCGGCUGACUUUGUUCGGAGGGGGCUACGGCCCUGCCAAGUACGGUGUGGAGGCCUUCUCCGACAGCCUGAGGCGCGAGCUCCGUGAUUUCAGAGUCAAGGUCUCCAUCAUCGAGCCGGGCUGCUUCCAAACACCCAUUGUAGAUGUGCAGCGUGUCCAAAAGAGCCUGGAGCAGGUGUGGAGCUGUGCCUCUGCCAACGUCAAGGAGGCCUAUGGGCAGCAGUACUUUGACUGCUACAUUGAGAAGUUCAAGGAGCUCCUUUUCACGGCCAACCCCAAGCUCCACUUGGUCACCGACGCCAUGGAGCACGCGCUGACGGCCCGGCACCCCCGCACCCGCUACUCCUGCGGCUGGGACGCCAAGCUCUUCUACCUCCCCGUCUCCUACCUGCCAACCUCGUGGGCAGACUACCUGCUGACCCGCAGUAUGCCCAAGCCUGCCCAGGGCAUCUAGGCAGCGACGUUGCCAGAGCUGGAGCCGUGCCACCGAGAUGCUCUAUGUGGAUCCCCAGCAUCCCAGGGCCUGGCACGCGAUGCUUAAUGACUCUUUUCUAGCUUAUAUCUCACCACAGCGAGGGCUCAGCUCUGGAAUGGAGUGAGCCCCAGAUGGCAGCAGUCCACAUUUCCAAUCACGUAGCAGCCUACAAGCUUUCCAAGGGUGGUGAGUAGCGGUGGGGGGAGUGGUAGGUGUCCUCAUCGUUCACUGUUGCACACCUGGGCUGGCAGGAGGUGUUGGAAGGAGCUGGGAGGUCCAGACAUUGCGGGCUUCUUGUCUCCACAUGGCAGCAUCUUGUGGGCUUUGCUUAGUUAUUAGUGGUCCAGCGGUAUGCUGGAGAAGGGGGGGCCAUUGGCAGGGCCAGAGCAGAAGCUGUUCUUGGUGUAAUAAAGACGCGUUACCCACG